GCUGUGCUUGAUUACAACAAAUUCACACCGAACAAGCCCCUUCCCGAAUAUGGUCUCUUCUAUGUUCUCGAGCAGCUGCCUGGAACGGUAGUAUAUCAAGAUCUGACGUGGUUCCUCCAGAAAUACUCAUAUUUCCCAUCAUACAACAUACCUUAUUUCAAGAAAAUCACCCAACUUAGCGGUUUUAUAGGACAGGGCAAGAAACUUGGAAACUGGUUUGUAUGGGGAAAAUCUCCUCGAGCGAGAAUUUUCGAAAGGGAUCAUCACACUGUUACUGACAUUGAUUCGCUCACAAAGCUUAUGAGGUACAAAAAACAACAAAAUGAAAAGUUCCUGAGCAUAUUCUGCUUUAUGCUAUUUAUCGCUGAGCAACAACUUACUUCCAGGUAUAACGAUUAUACUAAGGAUGAAUUCUCUAAGUGCAAUUGCAAUCCUCCCUACUCGGCCGAGGCGGGUAUUUCCGCCCGUGGAGAUUUGAAUCCAGCCAAUGGAACGUACGAGUUUCCUGGACAAGGGCAUGUCAAUCAUGGAGCGCUCGACUAUAAGGGAACCAACGUCAGCAUGAUGAAGAAAUUAGAAUUCAGAGCCCAGGGCGGUCCUACGUGGGGAAGCGUGCCUCCAUUUAGGUGGAGCACUUUCGACUUUGUAGACAACUUAGCCAGAAAUGAGGAAACUCUGGAAGCUAAUACCAUAACUCUUCAGAAAGAUAAGGUGAAGCACUUGGGUCAUCCUGACGAGUGGAAAUUUGAUUGGAUGGACGUAAAGUGGGAGACUGACAUUCACGGAUAAAG